GAGAACAAGAGGAGGGAGGGAGGUGGAAGAGCAGGGAUGGAGGGACCAGAGCGAGGUGGGAGGAAGAAGGAAGAGCAGGGAAGGAGAGGCUGAAGAUAGAAGCAGAGGGGCUGAUAGCAAAUAAUAAGAGAUACAAGCAAAGAGAUAACCAGGUUAACUGAUAACCAGGUUAACGGACAGGUGAAGGAGAUUCUACCUGCAGGCAGUGGAUGUGUUUUUGACACAGAUGGAGUCAGACGAGAACCUGGUCAACGUUUUCCUGCUGCUGCUCUUCAGUGCAGUCUUCACUGUGGUAAAUAUAUAAUGUUUCUAUUUUUGUUCUGCUCUGCUCUAUUAUGCUCUAAUCUGUCCUAUCUGUGGCCAAUAUUCAAUGUUUCUAUUUAUACGCUCCUGUCUUCUCCUAUACUUAAGCCUGUACUACUAACACUCAUAAUGAUCCCACUCUCUGUCUUUAUCUGGUCUACUGUGUUUUACAAACAGACCUGACCUGAAACCUCGUCUGCUGAUCAUGGUUGUCAUAUCUGACUGAAAAUGGUUCAGGAUUUUGGGGGAAAUUCUGAAUUUACUGGUUGAGAAGCCAAACUGGAGUAAAACCCAAAUUAUCUGAGUUAUUAAUGAGAUUAAAAAAAUAGAUCAGUGUUAAAACAGUCUGAUCUAUUUUACAUUUCAUGUUUUUAUCUGAUACAUACCGUCAGUUCAGUCCUAACGCACACCCACACGUCACUCAUGCUGCCUGUGUGCCUUGCUCAGAGGCACAGGGGGAAACUGAAGCUUACGCAUCAUGAAUACACAACUGGUAUUUGCUCAAAUUGACUUUUUGGAAUUGGAUUUAAUGUAUAAUAACGUGUCUGUUAUCAGUUGCCAACAAAUGUGCAAAUAAUCUGGAUUACCAAGGAGAUCACUGCAGAUUAAGAUCAGGAACACAAAGGGAUGCUAACAUUAGGACUGCAUUGUUUCUAACAGCUAUAAUAUAUAAAAUAAAAUGUAAUGAUUUAAAGCUCCCCUGAGAUUAUUAUUAUGAGAAAGAAACUUUCCAAAUGAUGCCAAAAUUGCAUUUUUGUAAAUUUUCUAUUGCAAAACUCACAGUGAGGGAUAUUUUUUAAAAGCAAUAUGCUUUUGUCAUAAAAAAGAACAACAGCUCAAAAUCAGUCGUGGGAUUAGGAGGUUGAGGCCUCUGAUUUUAUGCAGCAGCUGAUUUUUAUUCAAACAAAACAGUUUCUCCUAAUUUUAGCUGUGCUUUAGCUGUUCUUGAAAAUACUUCAACCUAGGGAAAAAUAUAUUGUUACUUCUUCAGGGGCGAUAUCAACUUUGUUCAGAACUUUUGCAGAUGUUUUUUUGGUGAAGAAAUUCACCACACUUGGUUUUUCAAAGUUCAAUGUCCAGAUGUGGGGCCGCUGCUGAUGCUACCACACUACAUCUAUCAAUGGUCCUCUAUGCUGGUUACCACAUGUCUGUCGAUGGAGGAUAGAUGAGGAAGAAGGAGCAGACUGCUAGUGAGUCAGAGAGAUGAUAAAAACACUUUUACAAACUCAAUUUCCAGAAUUAAUCUAAAGAAAGGAUAGGAUUGAUUAGUACUCUAAUGAAAUUUAAUUUGACUGUUUCACUUCCAUAAAAUAUGAUCUACCAGAGGUAGUAGACCUCAAAAUGACAGCAUACUUUUACCAUUCAGGAAAUAAAGCAACUUUAAAUAAAGACAGAAAAAUAUCUAAAUAAAAGCAUUAUACUUGUUUAUAGCAGGGACUUAUAUAAGUUUUGGCUACAGGGCUGGUGAUGUGGAUAAAUAGCAGACUUAAUAUUAUUAGAAAUGUGUGAUGGCAUAUAAGGUUAUUGCAAAUGUUAGUAGAAGUAAUGUGCUUGGCUUCAUUUUCAGAGACUAAUCAUUUCUGUUACAAGUUGAGGUUUUAAGUGUCAGUGUUUGGAUGUAAAUGAUAAAUGGACUGAAUAUUUAUAGCGCCUUUCUAGUCAUCAGACCACUCUGAGCACUUAGCUCAACAUGCCAUUCAGCUCGUUCACACACAUUAACACACACACCAUCACACACUCAUUCACACACACAAACACACGGAUGGCUCAGCCUUCUGGGAUAGUUUGUUUAGUGUCUUAUCCAAGUACAUCCAAGUGGAUCCAAGGAUUGAGCCACAAACCCUGGAAUCAGUGGAUUUUAUCCUCGUAUAUGAGACUUUUCCAACGCUAUUUCUAGUUCUCAUACUUACGCCGAUGCCUCUAUGAUGGUCGAAUGUGGUUUCGAACAUUUCUAAGCUUCUUUCUGAAAACGUAUAAAAAUCAACAGACUAUUCGUGGCUCACUGGUUGACAAAUCCUUCAAUCUUUGUGUUAUGCUUACAGUUUUCUUUCAGUGAUGCUUUCUUAUUUUUAUUGAGCCUUGUUAAAGCCUGAAAUGUAACAAUGACUCAAAAUGUAAUAAAAAAAAAUGUACUAAAACUCGAAAUGUAAUAACUGGUUGACAAUAAAACAAGAUGAUGAGCCCGAAACAUAAUAACUUCUUGCCCAAAAUGUAACUUAUUACAUUUUGGGUCAAUUAUUACAUUUUUAAUUACAUUUCAGGCUCGCACUUUCAUUUACAUUUUUGAUUAAUUAUAACAUUUCAGGCUUUAUUCCAUCUAUUUUUAUAACAUUUCAGGUCAUUGUUACAUAUCAGGCUCUAACAAGCCUUCUUCAGUUUCUUUUUCUUCCAGUCUUCCAAUCUCAAAACUAGAAGUAUUGCCCCAGGGAAUCUUUGGUUUGCGUCAUUUUGGAGCCCCCUGUGGACUGCGAGUCUUUGCUUAUCUUUUUACUUCAUGCUUGAGUAUUGAUUUAUUACAACAAAUCUCAUUCUGCUGUAAAUUUUAUGUGGGAAAUAUAGAGGCCUAGCUAGACCUACCCCCCUCGCACCGGUUUCAGAUAACAAAUAUGGGGUUAUAAAAAAAUGUCUGUCUGAUCACUGAUGCUCUUGUUGGUUUAAGUUUAUCACUAAAAGGCAUCAACAUUCAUUUUAAUCUAUUUAAUGAAUGUUAAAAAACUACUCAUAGGAGCUUUAAGCUAGAUACAAAUUUGUCAGUGUCCAAUCACUGACACUGAAUUAUAUUUUUCUAAACUCUGUUCAUAACUGAAACACAAUGUAGUUUGUUAUGUUUAGUGUAUUUUGUAAUUUUCAUAGAUUUUUUGUGCCCUUAAUAAUGACAGAAACACAUGUCAGGGCCAUUCCACAAAAAGAAAGGGGGUUUUAAAUAAUGUGUCUGAUAUAGAUCGUGUUUUGUGGUUAAUUUCCUUUAUAAUGAGCAGGAAGCCUGAAAACUGAGGACAAAGCGAGGACAGUGAAUUUUAAUAUUUAACAGUUUCUCUGGUUUUCACACAUUUUAAUCACAUUUGUCAUUUUCACACAUUUUUGUUACAUUUGUUAUUUUAACAAUCCUCCUCCUCAGCAGCUCCUCCUCGACAAACCUCAAAUGCUUUUUAUUUUGUAUCUGUAUGAUACUGAAUAUGUUCAGAUUGUGUAAUGUAUGUGAGUGUGAGUGUGUUAGAGGACUUUAUGACAUUGUGUACACAUCAUAGACAUACAGUCUAUGGUACACAUUAUGUGACACUGAGUUCAGCCUGUAGAGGGCAGCAAACAUACACCAUAUGCCAUCAUAAAAGUUUUAAUUAUUUCAGGGUUCUUACAGGGUUUUUCCAGUCUGUUUGCCCUUCAGCAGGACUGUCAGGUUUGCACCUGAAACCAGAUAGCCUCUAUAACCCUUUCUCUCUUUGACUAAUAGGUUGAUACUUAAUAAUGGACUAAACUUUGCACUUUGUCAUAUUUCCUUCUUUGCUGUCAAACAGGUGGGUCCCGCUGUCCCUGAGGAGGGCUGGCAGGUAUACAGUUCAGCCCAGGAUGCUGAGGGUCGAUGUGUUUGUACGGUGGUCGCACCUCAGCAGACUGUCUGCUCCAGAGAUGCCCGAACCAAGCAACUCAGACAGCUGCUGGAGAGGGUAAAAAACAAUUACAUUAGCUUUGAUUGACUUUGAGCUCAUAGUUUGCACACCUGCACCUCCAGGUGACUUGAGUUGUGUCUCAUUCUGCAGUUAGUACUUGAGUUUCUCCCCGCUCCCCUUUGGCCCAUUGAGUCCUGUUCUCCCUCUGUAAACUCAUGAAGGUGUCCUCAUGUGUCAAAAGUGUAGACAUGUCAGACUUACUCAUUAUCUAAUGUGGUCUUGCCACUUUAAAAACCUAUAGACCCAAACAGUUGAUCAAUGUGCUGCAGGCAGGAGAUCACACAUGUUGUGUCCGUGUAAAGUGCAGAAAUAACACUUUAACUGAGGACAGUGUAUGGUAGAGCUGAACACUGUCUGUAGUGGUCGAUACUUUACCCUCCAAUUUGGUUCCCUGACUAAUACACUUACUUCUUACAAGAACCUCCUACAACCCCAGGGAACUAUUCCUUUGAUAGAAACCCACCUCUGGGCAUGCUAGAGCUGGUUUGGUGCUGCCUAUGUUCCUGGCUGUGUCAUCAGGACCAAAGACAAAAAGACUCAAUCCAAAAUAAGAAAUCUACUAAGAGUUUCAUUGUGGUUAUCCUGAUUUUGUGAUAUUUGAUCAAAGGUGCAGUAUAUCUGGCUUUUACAUUGUUGUAUUUGUAGUAACAGUGCCGUAGCAUCAUGAACUAAAUGAUGGACUUCUUUGUAUCCUCCAUUAGCAGAAUAUAAACAGUAACUUACCGUAUUACUGAUUUUAGUUGAGUUCGUAUAAUGCACCAAUUUAUUAACAACUGUAAUAACAGCAGUGGAAAUUUAUGCAGCAUGGCGCGUUUGUGUGUUUCAGGUUCAGAACAUGAGUCAGUCCAUCGAGGUUCUGGACCAGAGGACUCAGAGAGAUCUGCAGUUUGUGGAGAAAAUGGAAGUUCAGCUGAAGGGUCUGGAAAACAAGUUUAAACAGGUGGAGGACGGACAUGAGAGCAACAUCGCCAGACAGUACAGGGUAACACCCACAUCAUGAUAUCACACUUACAAUCACUGCCAGACAGUCUUUAUAUACACUUACCUGCAUGUGCGUGGCAUUUCAUGGAUAAGACACUUGACUUACUGAUGCAGUCAAAGAGCCUUGUCAGUGCUUUCAAGUUGGGUUGCAACCAUGAACAUAAAAAUCUUCUUAUGAUGUGUUUUGGUUGCAUUAUGUGCAUAUAAAUAAGCCCACUGUUUAUUGUUUAUUUGCCCUGCUUUACAAUGAUUGCAUUUAUUUUAUUCAUCUUACUUAGGUGAUUAUUAUGAGGUCCUGAUUGCUGGUGACCUACACACCAUACUGUGCCUGAUCACCUCCUGUGUCGCACAACAAUAUACACUGAAAGAGUGUUGGUUCUAUAAGCAACAGACAACAAGAAUUGAUUCAAGGAGCUCAGACUGAAGCAGACAGAUGUCAGAUCAGGACAGUGUCUAAUCUCUGCUGUCUCUCUGUCAGUCCAUCAAGGAAAAGAUGGAGGAGUUACGUCCCCUCAUCCCAGUCCUGGAGGCCUACAAGGCGGAUGCUCUGCUAGUCCGACAGUUUAAAGAGGAGGCAGCCAACGUGACAGAGAUGCUGGGAAAUCUACAGGAACAGCUUGGAGGUCUGGACUACCAGGAGCUCCACAGCCGAGUGAUGAGCCUGGAGGACAGACUCAGGGCGUGUAUGCAGAGGCUGGGUGAGGAAAAAGCUACGAUACAACCAAGAAUCCUACAUAAAUGCAUCUUCAGAAACAUGCACAUUGUCAUGCAUCAACACAAAAGAGGAUGAAUGAUGCAAAUUCAACAGAACACAUGCAGAAAUAGAUGCAACAGAAACUUAGUGCAUAUCAAGUGAGGAAAAAUAUUUUAAAAGGAUGUGCGGCCAACAGGAAAGACAAGAAUGUAGGUUAAUCAUCACCAAAACUUUCUUCAUACUUAGCCUGACACUGGACAGAUUCAGCCAAUAGUACUACUACCUGCAUGGCCAACUAAGCUAACGAAUCAAAUCCAUUAAUGUAAAUGGGAUCCCAAAGCCUGUGGAGGGCAGAUCACGCCUCCCCACCCCUCCCCAUCGAUGUGCAUACAUGAAAAGCUAAGGCAGGGAGAGCAUCAGCAAAGACCCUCAGGGUACAGAAUAGAGCAGGUCUGAAUACACAUGACACUGCUUUAACCAAACACAGCAGAAAAAGGAGGAGAUGGGGUGGCAAACUGAUUUUUGGAGGAAGCAGCAAAUCAUGAUUUAGUUUUGCCAAACCAUGAGACUUGGAUUGAUGAUUCUACUCAGUGCCCCCUUCAGGCCUGGAGCACAAACACUGAGACACUUUUUCUACUCCAUUUGUUUCUCUGUUUUUGUUUUUCACUUUGCUAAAUCUGUGUAUUUCUGUUCUUUCUCUCUGUUUUGAUGACCACCAUCACAGGCUUGAUUCAUCAACAGCAAGUUUCAGUUGUGUUUUACUCCACCAUCUACCCUCAUGUUCUCAUGUUUUUGUUUCAGCUUGUGGGAAGUUGACAGGAAUCUCUGAGCCAGUCACCAUCAAGACGUCUGGAUCCAGAUUUGGAUCAUGGAUGACUGACCCAGUUGCUGCACCUGGAGACAACAGAGUAAGUUUAUGCAGUUGCAAAAGCAAUUAAUACAACAACUACUUCUACUGCAGCUACUUCUAUUAUUACUGAGUGUUUCUAUUAGUGCUGAUGAUACUAAAACUAAUGAUAUAAGGGAUUGUACAAAUAAAAGAACGUUUACUGACACAACAAACUGAAGUACUGGAGUUUAUUUCAAAUGUUUAAGUUAAUUUAUAUUAAUUACAGCCACACAGGUUUGAAGAAAAAGACAGUUAUGAGUCAACCCCUCUGCCAACCUGGUCAUAUUUUUAACAGAGCUGUUAAUGCUGAGAUCCUGUAAUAGUAUCAAAUAACCAGGUAAAACUAAACCUGACUGUAAAACCAGGAUAAAAAUGGACUGAAAUGACAGAGACUGUGUUUCAGAAAAAAAAAAUCUAUGUGAUUUUGAUUUGAUCACUUGACCCGUGUUUUAUCCGAUCACAAUUACUCCUCACAGGAGCUUUACUGGAACAAUAGCUGUGAUUACAUGAACCAAUAAUAGUAAGAAAUUUGUGCCUAAUUGGAAUAAAAAUGCUCUUUGUGAGGUAAACUCCCAAACAGACUUGGAAAGAUUGGUCUAGUCCUGCCCAUUCAAAAAGGACUUUUAUUCUGGAGAAGAGAAGUGACAACAUGGUGUUUAUUAUUUGGUUCAGUAUCCAUUUAAACACUUAAAUUAAGUGUUUCUUUGUGGUUGGGGUAACAUUUUUCCUUUAUGUGCAUCUUAAACUCUUUGGUUAUUUCACUAAUUCUUUGACAUUUUUUGUGCUCUAAUUGAUGUUUAACUCUUCAUAUUUAAUUUUAUCUGAUGCUUUAACCUUUCUGGCAGUUUUUCUUUUAUUAUUUUAACUGCAUAUUGCUAUUUAAUUGUUAUUGCUUAUGUUGCACAUCAGUCUUAAACUAUAUAUUUUCAUUUUUGCUUUGUAUGAAAAUCAAGAUGAUUUUAAUGAGAAUGGAGAAAUUUGCACAUGUUUGCAUCACCUCUGACACUUUCUUGACUGAUUUUCACAUUGUUUUUGGUUUAUCUCCUCACAGGUGUGGUACAUGGAUGGUUAUCAUAACAAUCGCUUUGUGAGGGAGUAUCAGUCCAUGUAUGACUUCAUGACGACAGACAACUUCACCUCUCACCGUCUGCCUCACCCCUGGUCAGGCACUGGCCAGGUGGUCUACAACGGAUCCAUUUACUUCAACAAGUUUCAGAGCCACACCAUCAUAAAGUUCGACUUCAGCACGUCGCUCAUCAGCCGCUCCCGACAGCUGGACUUCGCCGGCUACAACAACAUGUAUCACUACUCCUGGGGGGGCCACUCUGACAUAGACCUCAUGGUUGAUGAGGGAGGGCUCUGGGCUGUCUACGCCACCAAUCAGAAUGCUGGGAACAUAGUCCUCAGCCAGUUAAACCCAAACACCCUUCAGAUCAUACGCAGCUGGACCACCAACCACCCAAAACGCAGCGCUGGUGAGGCCUUCAUGAUCUGCGGGACCCUCUACGUUACCAAUGGAUACUCCGGUGGGACCAAAGUGUACUACGCCUACUCCACCAACUCCUCUACCUAUGAGUACAUCGACAUCCCUCUGACCAACAAAUACAGCCACCUGUCCAUGCUCGACUACAACCCUCGAGACAGGGCGCUUUACGCCUGGAAUAAUGGCCACCAAGUCCUUUAUAAUGUUACACUUUAUCACAUUAUACAGUAACCAUAUAAUACACACAGCUCUUAUAAUGUUAGCUACAUUUAAAGCAAAUUUAUUAUAAUAUUGUGUGAAACACGAAAGAGUAACAUACACAGUAAUGACAAGUCUCUGCACUGUUAUAUCCAAAACAUGAUACAGCCAAAAAAAAAAAAAAAACAGAAAUAAAUCUGUAAAACUGGAUACAGUAAUUUAAGGAAUUAAUUUAGGGAUCAUCAUGUUAACAUUUAAAGCAAAAUAGGAUACCACAAAAAAUAAGUCCUUCAAAUAAAUCUUAAUGUCCAAUUUGACCCGAGUCAAGGAGAGGAGAGGAGUGAAUAUAAGGUUUCUUUAGCAUAAAGAGAAGUUUAUUUAGCCUAGCUUAGCACCUUUUAUUGAACUGCAAUUGACUUGGCUUAUUCAUAGAGAAGGGUUAACGGCUUAAACAAAUGGUCAGUUGUUUGUUGGUCAACAGAUGGUUCCAAUACUAGCUCCCAUAUGCAGUUUAUAAAUAUGUUAAGCUUGGCUAACAUUCUCCUGUUUCUUCUGUCCAUGCUAAGCUAGGCAAACAAAUCCCAACUCUACAUGUACUGGAAUUUUUUUGUUCAUAAAAAUAUUUGAUAUUCACUUGGAUCAAGUCAACGCUUAGGUACGAUAAAAUCACUGCUUUUUCAAGGUUAUUACCAAAGUGUUUGACACAAUCACACUUGCAACGUGAACAACACUAUAAAAAAAAAUCACAGCAACGAAGCUCUACCUAUCACAAUAAGAGACACUGAAAUGUUUUGAUUAUUUGAAGAUGCACACAAAAGAAUGCGACACACUUUGUACAAAGAGAUUUUUAUUUGAGUGACAUUUUUUGACUCUAAAAUCAGAUGUACUGUUCUUACUCUGAAGUAAUAAUAUCAAUAAGUUUCUUAUGACUGUUGUGCAUUAUACAAAAAGAAUACAAGGGUCUCUCUUUUCCAAUAUUUCUUAGAGUUUUGAAUAAGUUGGCAAAGGUUUAGCAGGGCUAUCCUAACACUUUUUUCUCCAUUCGGUUGUGCCAGAGAUGUAGUCCCUUGGCAGCCUCUAUCACAUCCUCCCACAAGGUUGAAAGUCCUGUCAGAUCACGAAGCUAAGGCCACAGCAGCAACAUUAAUUUAUGUAGUUACACUAGAGCUUUGAUUGUGUGUUGGUGUGUUUGAUGAGGAUUUAGUUUGGUGUCCUAGUAAACCAGUAGUUUACCACUAAUCACAUAUAAAAGCAGCUUUUCUUGGCUUUACCAAACUGCCAACUCUUACGGUUUAUUGGUAUGUUUAAACUGAAGAAGGAGUUCUUCACGCCAAGCAGCCUCUGAAAUUCUGCUUCUUAAGCUCAGGAGCCUCCAUCCAUAAAACAGGUUGCUUUCUGUUUCCUGACAGGUCAGUCUUGGUCCACUGAUGAGUUAGCUUCUGUUAGUAUGUCUACAGCAGGUCAAUGUCUGUCGACCAGCUGAGUGAUGUUUUGUCUCAUGACAGUUGUCAGUCGAGCGGCAUGUCAAUGAGUCUAGUGAUGGAUUGUUUUGGUCAUAGUUUUACAUGGGCCAUUGUUAUUUUGUGCCCACUGGGAUAUCAGUGUCUAAUACUCGACGGUUUAUGUUUGUUAUCAUGAGGUUGGUUUUCUUUCAGUCUACUGGUAUUCAGAACCAGUGCACUAGCAAGCCCAUUUUGGUCCACCAACAGGUCAGAGUCUGUCACUGUGCUCACUGGCAGGUCAAUAUGGGGCCUCUGCCAUGUAGUUUGUUUGUCGGCCAUCAGAUUAGUGUGUUCAGCAGCAAGUUAGUGUGUCCUCUGGUAGGUAGGUCCAUCACCAGUUUGCUGGGCCCAUCCAUUAAUCUGGUGUACAAGUUUUUGUGUCCACUGGCUGACUGAAGUAUUCAUUGGUAAGUCUUUUGUCAGUUAGGUUGGUGUAUCCACUGCCUACUGGGAAAAUGGUAUUUGUUGGCAGGCAGUUUUAUGUCCAUUCACUGUUAGGUUGAUGUGCCUUUCUGCAGUUAAUUUUUUCCAAUCCCAGGCUAGCAUCUGUCUCAAGCAUGCUGAUGUGUUUCCUAGUGUGUCCUCUGUCCUUGUCAGGUUGUUGUGUUCACUUGAAAACCUGAUUUGUCCACAGACAGGUCAGUUUGUAAACCAAGUUUAUGAAGGCCUGUGAAUGUCCUCUAGCAUGUAUGUGUCUGUCUAUCAUUUGGUUAAAGUGUCCACCUGCACCUGUUGUCUGUCCACUUUUCCAUCAACUGGCAUUUCCUUCCUCCAUUUGUGUGUCCACUUGAAACUUGGAAUCCCCACAUGGAACUCGUGGAACUGUGUCUAUUGGCAGAUUAAUGCGUCCAUUAUGAGGUUCAAAUGUCCACUUGCAGUCACUUUCAAUUCACUUUCAGGCCAGUGACUUUCACAAGCUUGUUGAUGUGUUAACUAGCAUGUCCUGUGCCUUGUCAGGAUGAUGUGUCCACAAGCAAUGUUAAUUUGUCCAUUGGAGAUCCAUGUGUCUCAAGCGAGUUUUUGUAUGUUCAUUGGUAGAACUGGGUUUGACAAAAUUAAUGUACCGUAGAUACCUGUCCACUUCCACAAUAACAUCUGUCCUUUGGCAGGCUGGUGUUCAUACUUGCAUACUUGCUGAUGCCAACUUUCAAGUUGGUCUGCCUACCAACAAGUUUAGUUGUGUCCUCUGUCCAUACAGUAUUUGUACCGGCAAGUAAAUGUCAGUCCACAGACAGGUUAGUGUGGGUAAGUUGGGGUGUAUUCACUGGUUUCUGUUUGUCUAGUUUCCAUUGUCAACUUUCAACAGACCAUCAAUAAUUUUCUGUGCUCUGACAUGACAUCUGUAGUUCACACAAAGGUCACUGUCCACCAGUGUGUCAACUGGCAGACCAGUGUCUGCCUAUCAGCAUGUGGGUGUUGUCUCGGGCAGGUCUCACGUCAGAUGCCAGAUCACUGAGUUAAUGUGUGCAUGGAAAGGUCUGCAUGUGUCUACUGAGUGGAUGUUAUUUGUUCACAUAAGUUUGACAUUUCCACCAUUUAUUCAUCCGUCUGCAGGUCAAAGUCUGCCCACAAGCUUGUUUUGUAUCAAUUGACAGAUCUUUUGUCCAUUGUCUAGUUGGUGUAGUCUCUGGUAUGUUAUCAGACCACAGUUUUACAGCUUCAGCUGUGCCAGAAAAGGAUGUGUCCAGUGUUAAGUCUUGUUCAAGUAAUGAAAUGCAUGUAAACAUGAAUGAAUGUCAAAAAUGGCAAUCAGACUCUGCAGGUCCAUAUUGAAGAGAUGUUUGGCUCAACGACAGUAAGACAGAUUUCAUGGACCUUGUAAUGUCCCGGUAUUGUCAUUUUCAGCAAGUCUUAGAUAAUUUACCUGUUUGUGUUUUUUGUUCGGCUGUAAGUGAUGACAGGAAGUACAUUAUAUUUAUUACAGGUGUGCAUUAAGGGUAUAGUAUUUCAUAUAAACAACUGAGAUUUCUUUUGUUGGUUCUUUGUGUUUUGUAUUUUAACAGAUUCUUAAGAUUUGAUGUCAGAUUUUGCCUCUAAUUUUUAAGUGGAGUGCUGUUGCAAACUGGUGGAAAAAGCUUUGAUAAUUCAGAUUAAAAUGAAGGAAAAUAACAGACUGCAUGAUCAAUUUUUGUAAAGGAGUUUUUUGUUUGGUAACCACUGGCCUUAAAAGCUGAUGUGCUUUGGAUUGCAUCACCUGACCCCAUGAUGUUGAAGGGUUUUUGUUUGUUCUUUUUUUCUACAAAAGUCAAAUAAAGAGGCUCCACUUGAUAAAUAAACUUUUCCGCCUGC